AUGUUGAAAACGAUACCAGAUAGUACUACUGAUGAUCACGCCGCUCCUACAGUGAAAGUUGCUGUGGAGAUCGAAAGCGGUACCAUGAUGAAUAAUAUUGAAAAGAAAUUACCUCGGAACUACAAUGUAAUGCACGUUGCUUUACGACUUGCGUGCUUAUUGGCAUCAUUGGUUUCGCUCGUGGUAAUGAUAAGCGCGAAAGAGAAAUCAACUAUUUCACUUUACGGCUUUGAUCUUCCAGUUUACUCCAAAUGGUCCUUUUCCAACUCAUUCGACUAUUUGGUUGGAGUAUCCGCGGCUGUAGCUCUUCACUGUCUUGUUCAACUUUUCAUGUCAUCAAGCAGAAUGUUGAUAAGGAAAUCGUCUAUUAUUUCUUCAAGGAACCAUGCAUGGCUCCUUUAUGCUGCUGAUCAGGUAUUUGCGUUGGCUAUGAUGAGUGCUGGAUCAGCUGCAUCGGGUGUCACCAAUCUGAACCGAACAGGGAUCAAACACUCGUCUCUACCCAAUUUCUGUAAGCCGCUACAGAGGUUCUGCGACCAUGUUGCGUUUUCAAUCGCAUUUACACUCUUUGGGUGCUUCUUGCUUGCAAUGUCCGUGGUUCUUGAUGUGGUUUGGCUAUCGGUCGUGCGCUAG